UUACGUCACGUGACGUACCCGGAACUGGAGCCACGUCGUCAAUGGGGAGUGUCACUACUACAAGAAAGAGGAAGUUCUGCACACUGCUCUGCUUCACAAAUCUCCACAUAAAUAAAGUACAAGAUGGCUCAGUUUGAGGAGGUGUCAAAGCAGUCCAUCCUGCAUCCAAAGCCUGCAGGUUUGGCUUUGCAGUAUGGAACAGCCGGCUUCAGAAGCAAUUCCAUACAUUUGGACCACAUAAUGUUCCGAAUGGGCCUGCUGGCAGUGCUGCGCUCCAAGAAAACUAAAAGUACCAUUGGAAUCAUGGUUACUGCGUCACACAACCCUGAGGAAGAUAAUGGGGUGAAGCUGGUCGACCCCAUGGGGGAAAUGUUGGCUGCAACAUGGGAGAGCUACGCCACCAUGCUGGCUAAUGCAGAACAAGAAGAGUUAAUCUCAGCCUUAAAUGAGAUCAUAGAAAAGGAAGGGAUUGACAAGAGCCAGGAGGCUUCUGUGUUUGUUGGAAAGGACACCAGGAGCAGUAGUGCCAGUCUUUCACAAGCAGUUUUGGAUGGAGUUCAUGCUCUUGGUGGUCACAGCAAAGAUUAUGGCUUGGUAACCACCCCACAACUGCACUACAUGGUCUGCUGUAAAAACACACAGGGGAAAUAUGGAGAUGCUACAGUGGAAGGAUAUUACAAAAAGCUCUGCCAAGCUUUCACGCAGCUCGUCGGAAAUGCAUCCAACUGCACAGAUGACCAGAAGCACCUCUGUGUAGAUGGUGCAAAUGGCAUAGGCGCUUUGAAGCUGCGCGAGAUGAUAAGUCACCUCAACAAGGGUCUGCAAGUGACCAUUUUUAAUGACGGCAGCAAAGGAAAGCUAAACCACCAGUGUGGAGCCGACUUUGUUAAAGUGCAGCAAAAAACCCCUACAGGCAUUCAGGUUAACCCCGGAGAUCGCUGCUGUUCCUUUGACGGGGAUGCUGACCGAAUUGUUUAUUACUUCGCUGAUUCCCAGCAAGUUUUUCACCUUUUGGACGGAGACAAGAUUGCGACUCUCAUCAGUACUUUUCUGAAAGAGCUGCUCAUUCAGGCAGGUUUGAACUUGAAGAUAGCUGUGGUGCAAACUGCCUAUGCAAAUGGGAGCUCAACAGAUUACCUGGAGAACACGAUGAAUGUAACAGUAAGAUGCACUAAGACAGGAGUGAAACAUCUUCAUCAUGCGGCCCUGGAGUUUGAUGUUGGUGUUUACUUUGAGGCAAAUGGUCAUGGGACUGUGCUGUUUAGCAAGGCAGCUGAGGACAAAAUCCAGCAGCUGGCUCAGGACAGCAGGAUCGAUGACGAGAGGAAGAGAGCAGCUCUCAUGCUGCAAAGUACCAUCAACGUCAUCAACCAGACAGUUGGAGAUGCUCUUUCUGACAUGCUGCUAAUCGAGGCCAUAUUAGCCAUCAAAGGAAUGACAGUGGAGCAGUGGGACAGGAUCUACACAGACCUGCCAAACAGGCAACUCAAAGUCAAGGUGUCUGACCGCAGAGUAAUAGACACAACAGAUGCUGAGAGAAGGGCAGUGAGCCCAGCAGGCCUCCAAGAAGCCAUCGACAACCUAGUGAAGACGUACAGAAAGGCUCGCUCUUUUGUCAGGCCGUCUGGGACGGAGGAUGUGGUGAGAGUCUACGCAGAGGCAGACACACAGGAGAGUGCUGACGCUCUGGCUCAUGAGGUCAGCCUUGCAGUUUAUCGCCUAGCGGGUGGAGUCGGCGAGGAACCCAAACCACUUCAUUAAAAGUGCAAUUGUCAACCUAAAGAUGCAGUAUUUUUAAAGAACAGUGCUGGUAAUAAUCUAAAAAUGCAAAUUUUUAGGGUUUUUUCUGGGAAGUACUAAAUUACUUUGAAAUAUUUAUUUGCACUUAAAACUCUAACUGUGAUUAUGAGGGAUUACGCUGGAAGAUAAGAUUUGUUUGUGCCUAAGUUUGACUUAAUGUGACGGAAAUAAACAUUAUGACCUAUAAUGUCAGAUUUCUAUACUGUUUAGGGUAACAAUGAUCUGUAUUUUCUUUAACUGUAUUGUUUUUACUAAAUCAACCCAAUACUGUAAGCCAUUUUUUCUAAGAUAAUAAUGAAAUAUCAGUUUACAUGAAAGUUAAUAGCUCCUUCAAAUUUUAGAAAUAAAAUAUGAAAAGAAAAGAAUGUGGUUUUAUUAUUUCAGUGAUGCACCACAUAAUAAAAAUCCCAACUAUG